AUGGCUUGCCCACGUGUGCAGUACCGUCGCCGCAUGCACUACGCGACGCGUGGGAACCGCAUGAAGCUCGUGCGUACUCCCGGCAACCGCCUUGUCAUGCAGAAGCGCGUCAAGCGCUCGCAGGGGCCGCACACGCCGUGGGUGUUGGGCCACAAGCGCCUCGCUGGCACGAAGGCACUGCGCCACACGGAGGCCCGUCUUGCUUCGCGCCAUGAGAAGAGCACCUCUCGCCCGUACGGCGGCGUGCUUAGUCACGAGCAGGUGCGUGACCGCAUUGUGCGCGCGUUCCUCAUCGAGGAGCAGCGUAUUGUGAAGCGUGCACUCAAGGCCCACGCCAAGUCGCAGAAGGAGAAGAAGCGCCGCGACUCCAAGAAGAAGCGCAAGGAGGAGAAGAAGGCGGCCCUCACAAAGAAGAUUGCGGCGAAGGUUGGCGCAAGGUCCGCGCUCACGAAGAAGACCACUGCCAAAAAGAAGGCGGCGUCCCGAGUUCCAGUCGGCGCGAAGGUCAAGAAGUAA